AUGCUGGUCUACCUCUUUGUCCUCCUCGCGUCUUUCCUGGCUGCGCUCGCCAGUCCGAUCCCGCAGCUUGCGUCCGAGUCGCUCAACCUCGCCAUUGCCGAGGAGCAGGUCCCGAUCCAGCCGCUGCGGUGGACGACGCAGUUCUCUGCCGUUCGGGCCGAGUCUGUCCUCCCACUCGAGUGGACGGGAGGCUCGGGCGAAGUCGAGAUCUACUAUGUUCCGCAAUGGCCGGAGCAGAGGUCUUACGACCUCGUCACUGUUGCCAACACAACCGAGAGCUCCUACGACUGGACUGUCCCCGAGCUCAGCAUGUAUCCGGAGGGCACGACUUUCAUCAUCGGGAUCAAGAACGAGUACGGCGAAGGUAACGCGUGGUACGACCUGAGCCCUGUCGUGCCCUUCCGCGCCUAG